CUCCGUGCAAUUCACAAUGGUUGAGACACACCACAAAUAUAGACUAAACACCGCGCCAGUCACGAGAAUUAGGACACAUCACGGAGAAAUACUAAACACCGUUACACCAAGUCAGUCAAGAGAAUUGAGACAAACCACGGAUAAAGACUGACUCCAGGCGAGAUGCCCUUACACCCAGCACACGGCGUUCUCUUGACCUUCGUCUUUCUGUUGUUGACCAUACCUCUGGCCUCCUCGUAUUACUAUGUAGUCGAGCACCGACGCAACUGGGCAGGAGGUCUGAGGAAGUGUGAGCAGAAUGGAAUGAAAUACCUUGACGCCCGGUCUCCACAGGCGGCUGAGGAAGCAAGUCGGUACUUGGGAAAAUUCAAGACUUGGAAGUACUGGUCAAGUCUGCAAUACGACUAUAGGACAGCGUCCUUUCUGUGGGAGGGAUCGAACGAGACAGUCGACGUUUAUGAACUUCAGUGGGAGAGGGGGGAGCCAGAUCUCUCCUCCAACUACGAGUGUGUCACCUUCACACUUGAGGAAAAUAACGCGGUGUUCAAAAUGGCAAACUGUUCACACUCCAAGGCUGUCGCUUGUGAGGGGGGCGAACUACAGGCCCCUGACGGAUUCCGCAGUUUUUCCAAAGGAAAGAGACAGAAGGAAUUCUGUGAACCAAAUCAUGCAGGCACUCCCAUGUGCACCUUUUACCAGGGCCAUAAGUGGGAGGUCGAGCUCCUGAAAGUGGAGCCAGCUGAAGCAGAGGAAGACUGUGCUCUCCUGUGUAUGGGGAUGUCGGAGUGUGUCCAUUUCAACUACAUCCGGAAAUCCGCCAUGGUCGGAACAUGUCUCAUCCACGGGAAACUGUCUUAG